AUGAGAAGGAAGCUUAAGAUAAAUUUUUAGAUAUAUGAGAAUAUUGUAGAUAACAUUUACAUUAAGAUGACAAAAGAAACAAUGGAAAAAGAUAAAUUAUAAAUAGAGAAACAGCUUUUAGAAAUAGAAAGUCAGAUAAAACAGCAUAAUUAGUAAAAUUAGAAUAAUGAUCAAUAAGUUAUAAAAGAUAUUAUUAAUUACAGAGAAUUUUAUCAAAUAAAUGAGUUUGCGUAAAAAUGA